AUGCCGCUGUACACGAAGCUCCCGGGGGACCUCCAAGAGGUGGAUGUGAUUGUUGCUGGAGGCGGUCUUGCUGGAUGCGUGGUAGCCUCACGGCUGGCCGAAGCGGAUCGCAACCUAUCCAUUCUCGUGAUCGAGCAAGGGCCCAACAACUAUGGCAUGCCUGAAGUUGUGCACCCGGCGCUGUACCCGCGGAAUCUUUUUCCCAGCAGCAAGAUCACGCUCUUCUGGCCGACCAAGAAGUCUCCCCAGCUACUUGAUCGGACUCCCAUUGUUCCCUCCGGAGGCACGCUCGGCGGAGGGUCGGCCAUGAACUGGAUGGUCUACACCCGCGCUCAACGGUCCGACUUCGACUCCUGGAACACACCGGGAUGGAGUGCCGAUGAAAUGCUCCCCUUCCUGAAGAAGAUGGAGACGUACCAUGGCAAGGGUGACAAGGACCGCCACGGCUACGAUGGUCCGGUCAACGUCUCCAAGGGCACCUACGUAUGCAGCCGCGCGGAGGACGCCUUUGUCGAUGCCGCGGCGAAGCUCGGAUACCCCGAGGCCAAAGACCUGCAAAACCUCGACGCCAACAAUGCCAUCGAGCGCUACUAUCGCUACGUCGGGCCGAACGGACGACGUCAAGAUGCUGCGCAUCGGUACCUGCAUCCCAAACUUCACGGCGGGGACUACCCGAAUCUACAUGUAUUGGUUGAGAAGCAAGUCGUCAAGGUCCUAUUCGACGACAACAAGCGAGCCGUCGGGGUCGAGUACCAGACCAAUCCCAAGUACCUCCCUAACCCGGAGUUUCUGUCCACAGCGUACACGGCUCGGCGCACCGUGAAGGCCCGUAAAUUGGUCGUCGUCUCGGCAGGAGCGAAUGCCACACCCGGCAUCCUCGAGCGGUCUGGGCUAGGCGACGCGAAAGUGCUAGAAAAGGCCGGGAUUCCCGUCCUCGAAGAUCUGCCCGGCGUGGGGAGCGACUACCAGGACCACCACCUGUCACUGUGGGCUUAUCGAACCAACUUGACGCCUCGUGAAACCAUCAACGGAUACCAAGAUGGACGCUUCGACAUUGACGAGUGCAUCAAAUCCACCGACGAGCUCCUGGGCACCAACGCAAUGGACGCCCAAGGUAAGUUCCGGCCGACCGAGGCAGAGGUUGAAGCCCUGGGCCCAGAGUUCAAAGAGGCAUGGGACCGAGACUUUAAGGACCGGCCUGACAGACCUCUGAUGAUCCUUGCGCUGUAUUGCUGCUACUACGGCGACCACUCCGUCCUGCCCGACGACGCCGAAUACGUCUCCAUGGCCAACUGGACCGCCUACCCUUACUCGCGCGGCAGCAUCCACGUGACCGGCCCGGCCAUGUCCGACCCCGUGGACUUCGACACGGGCUGGCUCACGGACCCCGGCGACGUCGACGUCAAGAAACACAUCUGGGCGUACAAAGUGUCGCGCGAGAUGUGGCGCCGCAUGCCCAUCUUCCGCGGCGAGCUGGCGUCCCAGCACCCGCGCUUCCCCGAGGGGUCCAAGGCCGCGGUCAUCGAAAAGGCCGACGGGCCCGUGGUCACCGACGACAGCUCCCGCAUCGAGUACUCGGCCGAGGACGACAAGGCGAUCGACCACAGGAUCCGCGAGAUCUUGUCCACCACCUGGCACUCGCUGGGGACGUGCAAGAUGGCGCCACGUGAGAAGAAAGGCGUGGUGGACGGCUCGUUGAAUGUAUACGGUGUGAAGGGGCUCAAGCUUGCCGACCUCAGCAUCCCGCCGGAGAAUGUAGGCGCGAACACAGGCAACACGGCAUUCGUGGUGGGUGAAAAGGCCGCCGAUAUCAUCAUCAAGGAACUGGGGCUCGGUGGCGAGGAUCAUUCGCAACCUCUGGCUAGAUUGUAG